AUGUGUGAUCUUUUCCAAGCAAAUCCAUGGAAGCCAUUAUUGUGCACCAAUUGUCAUCAAAAUCGAUCAGGCCAUCAAAUCAUCGAGGGUCAAUGUGAACAUGCCCAUUCUCAAGAGAAAUCCAUAGAUAUGCCAUCAUCAUCGUCGUCUAUGCAUCUCUACGAAGAAAUUAUGGCACAAUAUUUUACUGUCAAUUCGCCGAAUGUCGAGACGAUUCAAUCGACAUCAAUGAUUGAACAAUUACCCACAACAAAUGAUGACGAAGAUGAAGACGAGGAAGAUUCAUUUUCUGAUGAAGAACAGAAUUUAGUCAAGCCACCUACAAUUGAAUUUAUUUCAAAUCAAUCGAUGAUUAAUACUCAGGGUAUUGUUCUCAUGGGGCCUGAUUUGCAAACGAAACAAGUAACAUUAACAAAGAAAUCGAAAAAGAUUAACCUUUUGAAGAAGAGCAAAAGUAAUGCAGAUGAAUGUUUGAAAAAGACCGAUAUCAAUGAUAACUAUACUUCGAAAUUAUGGUGGUUUAAAGUGAAAAAAGCCAACACAUCUUCAGGGAAUCAACCUGACUUGAUCAAUGGUACCAAUCGAUCAACUGUAUGUUCAAGUCCAAACCAACAACAGCGGGUUCGUGUUUUGCCUGAGAUUAAUAAACUAACACUGAGCGAAGCAGUAAACAUCGCACGUCGUCAGCAUCUAUUAUCGAGCAGUGAAUCAAAACCAGCUAGCAAACCAUGCAAUAGUCCUGUCGUGUCAACUGCUCAAACCACGUAUGGUUCGUCCAUCGCUUCGACAACCUCGUCUUCUACGCAAUCAAGUUCAGAUUAUGAUACGUGUGUGACGAAGUACGAUUCAACGUACUUGGCUGCAAUUUCACCUAUUGAUUCAAAUCUGUCUCUCGCAACCAUGCUUGAUAAAACCAAUCAAUUAACAAUUGAACGUCUUACAUAUAAUCUACAUUCGAUUCUGGAUGAGUACAAACAUAAUCUACCAGUUGCUCGCUUUCAACCAUUGAAAUGUUUUCUCUAUCAACAUCAAUCGUCGAAGGUUUUAUCAACUGAAGGAGUUCAUUUUCUUCUUCUACAAAUCUUCGAUGAGGUUUCAGUACAAUCAAAAACAACAUUCGAUCAUUUUCUUAUUGCAAAUCAAUCAGCUAUACCGAUUAUUGUCACAACAACGUCCACAGUUACGAAUGAACAAGAACCGAUCGAACAAUUCAUCAAAAAUUUAGCUUCCAAACUGUUUGAUUCCGCAUCUUUGCCUACCUUUAAUAAUCUCUCCGCCUUGCAGAAUGUUGCUUGUCGGUAUUUAUCCAAUCAUGUUCUUCAGUUUCUCGAUAUCGAUACGAACAUUUCCAUGCAACGAGUGAAGUUACUUGAUCUCUUCUGGAAGAAAUUUCCAUCGCUUCGGCAGAUACAAAUCAAUGAAGAUAAUGAACGAUUCAUCUUUGCGCUCUAUCAUUUCAUGCGUCAUCUUUGCCGAUCAGAUAGUUUUAUUUGA